GUUACUACUCGAUCCCAGUUUGACUUAUUGUCGUUUGGUCUACGUGCGAAUUUUUGGCUCUCAUUUUUUGUGAUUUUUAAUUUGUAAUUUGUACCCUGUUUUAUCUUAUUGUCUUCUUUCGAUAACCCCAAAUCUGUGUGGUAUCCAUCUCCUCAGUAAUUGUGUCAGAGAGAGUCGAAAUUCUCACUAAAAAGAUUUUAAAGAAAUCGCAAGUCGAGUUGAAACUUUCAACUUGAAAGUAAAUUUUUAACCACAUCAAAAAGUCGGAUUUCACAUGAGUCGUGAAAUUGAUGAUCAGUUGGAGGAAGGGGGCGAAAGUAGGAUGGAGGGUGGCAUUGUCGUCGCUAGUGGCGAAGAAAUUUUGGAGGUUAUCGAACCAUUUGUAGCAGCAGAAGAGGAGGGGGACGUGAUGGCGGAGUCGGAAAUUAAGAAUGGAGACUGUCCGGCCCCUGACCAGAAUGGGGGCGGAAUUGGUGUCCCUAUUAUUGUAAUUGAGGAUGACGCGGCUGGGGAAACGGAAGUCUUGAGGGUGGAGAAUGAUGUCGUCGACCCCGUAAACCAGAAUCGCGGAAUUAAAAGGAAACGAAAUUGUGACCCUUUCGUUCAAGACGUGUCUUGUUGGAAAGCAUCAAAGUUUUUACCACGAUGCAGAGAUUGUGCUGUCCGUUCUGCUGAUGAUGUGGUCACUCUUCAAGAGUGUCGAUUCCAACAUUUUCGGAAACUUGUUCGAAAAUCGUCAGAUGGUCCGGAAAAGAAAAGAUUUUAUGUCGAGUUUGAUGGAUUCUGUGACCCCGAAACGGAUCCUAAUAAGGACGAUCGACAACUAUACAUCCCCAAUCCGCUCAAUCCACCAGAAGACUUGCCUGUCGAUGUUUGCAAACAACUUCUCGAGCAUUUAGGCGACCAGGUCUGCGCCCUAAUUCGUCACGAAGAGGAAGCCUUGCUUAUCGAGCAGUCCUUCACCAAAACAAGAUUACCCAUCGCGUGGAAGCGAAUGGUUGAAGAUAUCCGAGAAGUGUGCGACGUCUGCGCCACCACGCUAUUCAACUAUCAUUGGAUUUGUCCACAGUGUGGCUUCGUCGCCUGUAUUGACUGUUUCAAGACGAGGAGAGAAAAGGACACAACGGAACAACAGGAAACUAUACCUCCACCACAACAACCCAAUAAUAGCGAGGAUGCACGCAAGGACAAAUACAAUUGGCUCUUAUGUACUCAUGUUGUCGGAAGGUCAGGGGUUCCUCGCCCCCACGAAUUUGAAAAUUUACAACUAACCCAAAUCAUUCCGGGUAAUGGCUUGAAAGAAUUUGGAAAAUUGGUUCAUAAACUCAGAGCCGCAAAUAAUAUUCCACAACACUGCUGUUCCGAAUACAACCUGGAUGACUGUACCUCUUCCCCCUUCCCCUGCUCUUCGUUGAAUGGGUUGAUCACGACGACAACUAAUGGCGCCAGCAGUCAGAUGGACACCACCACAACAGCCACAUUUUCCGAUAGCACUGACAUUGAAAAAGAGAAGGUGGCCAUCACACCCACGACAACUAGUGAUGCUAAUAAGAUGGACGAAUCCGAUGAUGAUGAUGAUGCACUCAGUUUUUCAUUCGCUCCAACUAUAGAAACUACAGUUAUUGUCGACAAUGGACAAGCAAGUACCACAACCACGACUGAUGAAGCUACAGCAACUUCACAGAAUGCAAGAUUAUCGUCUACAGAUGAAGAUAGCAACAAAGCUCAAGAAGAGAAUAACGGUAAAAAUGAGGAAGGAGAUUCAGAACAAUUCCGAUCCCGAUGGAAGUCAUACUAUAAAAAGAAAAGUGUUGCUCGCAAGGUCUUUAGUUAUACCGAGACCAUCAAACAGUACCCCGGCUUGGAACACUCGUGGCUUGUUUCCGGAACACUGCUGCGCCUUGAAAAUCCGGAUCAUGAAAAAAACGGAGAGAUUUUCCAGGAAGUUUGGAAACGUGGUCAACCCGUCCUUGUGUCAAAUGUAGGAAAUAAACUGUCAUCUGACCUCUGGUCGCCGGAAUCAUUUUUGAAAGAGUAUGGUGAACAAGUGAAUGACCUCGUCAACUGCUUGACCGGAUAUACCCUACGGAAACAAAAAAUUAAAAAGUUCUGGCAAGGUUUCUCCGACGUUAAGCAACGAAUGUUGGAUGAGUCUGGAGAACCAAUGCUGCUCAAGUUGAAGGACUGGCCGGCGACAGAAGACUUUGCCAAGUUUAGUCCCACCCGGUUCGACGACCUCAUGAAAGCUCUGCCCUUGAAAGAGUAUACUCAUCGGACGGGACGACUCAACUUGGCGGCGCGUCUCCCCAGCAAUUUCUUUAUCAGGCCAGACCUCGGGCCGAAAAUGUAUAUUGCAUAUGGCGACGGCAAAAAUUUAGAAAAAGGAACUACUGUACUGCAUUUGGACAUGUCCGAUGCUGUAAAUUGUAUGGUGUAUGUGGGACAGCCAAAAAAUGCGGAUCCAGAAUAUGAAAAGUCCAUUCAGAAAGCGAUAAAGGAGUCUGAUUGUGACGCAAAGAUGAUUCAUCGAGCGACCAAGGAUAAUGAGCUUCCUGGCGCCCUUUGGCACAUUUAUAGACCUUGGGACGCUGAAAAAAUCAGAGAUCUUCUAAACAAAGUAUGUAUCGAAAAAGGCAACAUCCCUGCGCCAAAGCACGACCCCAUUCACGAUCAAGUAAUGUAUCUGGAUGCAGAUUUGAGAAACCGUUUGCGACGAGAGUACAAUGUCGAUGGAUUUGCAAUCCUUCAAUGCGCUGGUGACGCAGUGUUCAUACCUGCUGGGGCUCCUCAUCAGGUGCGGAAUCUCUACAAUUGCAUUAAAAUUGCAGAAGAUUUUGUUUCUCCCGAAAAUGUUAGCCAUUGCUUCCAAUUGACUGAAGAGUUUCGAAAUCUGAGCGAUACUCACAUCAACCAUGAAGACAAAUUGCAGAUUAAGAACAUUGUCUAUCACGCGGUGAAAGAUGCCAUGUCAGUACUGAUGAGCAAAUCUACCCUCUUAAACAAUAAGUGAGUAUUAUAAUUGUUGUGGUGUUAAUUGAUUGUUUUCUUAUUUCUAAAUGUUUGACGAAUAUUCUAAAUAUUACUGGUUAGUUAUUUUAAAAAAUUGAACUAAAUAUUUGCACGAUAUAAUCUCAAGUUUCAUGUAUUAUUCAUUUUACUGUCUUCAUUAGCUCGUACUAACAAUGAUUAUAAGAUUGUUCUUUUAUAAUAUGAAUAGAAAUUAAAUCUCGUUUUGUAUAACUAAAAA